CAGAAAAACAUGGCGGACGUCUGUUUGGAUUCUGACUUGACCUAAUCGUGUGUGUUUUGCACUUUUUUAUAGUAUGGAACGUCCAACGAAGAAAUCAACCUAAAUUAACAAGACUUAACCCUGGAAAUGCAAACAUGAGCGUCUCCACAGUUGUAAAACCAAGCGAAUCACCUCAUAUUUCCCCAGGAGAAACCUCCCGCGCUUCUCGUGGUAAAAACAAACUUGUUAAAACACCAAGUUCGCCCUGCGUUUUACCAAUACUCGAGGGAGGAAAAUCACAAAGUGACGAAUUGAAACAUGAAAUUAUGGUUUCUGGUGGACAAAGUGACAUUUUAGAUCGCGAUAAAACGUUCUUAACCGGGAUGAAUGACUUUAUUCCGGAUGACAUUUUGAACAGUUUGACCCAGCAGCCGAUCCCGCCUUCGCGCGAACAGCUAGGACCACCAACAAAACACAAGAGGCUUAAACCUCUCGAGGUAGGGGGUUAUAGUUAUGAAGUCAGAGUAAUGGAUCAAUAAUUCUUUAUUUUUUCAGCCAUAGACUUUUAAAAGCGGCUGGGAAAUAUACAUGUUCAUGUGGUAAUAUGUACAUUUAAGUUUCCAAGUUAGGAAGUGUCUACACACCCGACAGCCGGGAAUGUUUUCAAAAAGCUAGACGCCUGGCGCAGUCAGAAAUUUUGAACAAUUUCCUGGAAUAGGUCGUUUAAUUCCUUUAAGAACACAAGAUAUUUGUUUAGGAAUCUCAAGCAAUUGUAAAUAUUGCCUUGACUUAAAAGCAUUGGCGACUGUCAAGCUUGGGCAUAGAGUGAAAUCUCAGUGUUUUCGACACUUAGAAAAUAUUCAAGUUCUGACACACUGAGUCAACUCCUGAUGAACAUCCACAGGAUUUAUCGACGAAACCUCACCAUAGUAUUUAGUGUUUGUUCAGAAAUGCCAAGCGAUUCUAAAUAAGGGUUUCAUAUUGCACACUAUUUAAGUUAAUUACUUCAUGUACAUCUUCAUACGUAUGCAACCUAAAUGUUCAAUCAUUCUUGAUAUUAGGCUGAUUUAGCAACAGAACGGGAACGUCAGUUGACGACGGGAAAGUGCGUGGAAAGGAAUUAACGCUACUUCCGGUGCUCAAUUUGUUUCUCUGCCAUUGGUCAAGCCAGUGGCAAUGAUUUGCGCAUGCCAUCAUCAACUGACGUUCCCGUUCUGUUGCUAAAUCAGCCUAUUGUAUUAAAAUGGAUCGGUUUGCAAUCUUUUUUUCCAUAUGAGGUCGCAUUGAUCUUGCUGCAAAAAAGAUAUCAUCUCACAUUAUUUUCAUAAUACGUGCAUGGACUUACUAGCUUGGCUUCUCUUUAAAAACUGGAAGAUGAUUGUGAUUGAAAUUCUCUCAUGGCAGGGUCAAUCUGAUUGUGUGAUCUGGGGUGCGACUGUUGUCAAUUAGAAUUCCUGGAAAUUUCAAAUCCAAUUUGCAGAACUGCAAAUACCAGUUGGUCACCAUACACCAUGACCUGCAUUCAGGCAUGAUUACUGGCUUAGUUCAAACACUAAAGACUACCUUAACCCAUUCGCUCCUGGAGAUUUUGCCGAAAAAUGCGUUUUGAAGCUAGUCGAGUGGUUUUCUGGUCACUGUCGUUCUAUAAAGAGCUAAAACUUAGCACAAACUGGUUGACAGGUCGAACACUUCGCGGCCUUCUGAUCCAGAUGCAAAAUAUCAGCUCGCAAAGUUCGGGCAUGCGCAGAAAGUUUUUGGGUUUAAAAGUGACACAGCAGUCUUGACUUUUACUUUUUGCUUUCUCUCUGUAAUAAUAAUACUGAUUGAUGCUACAGUUGACUGACAUGUAAUCCUACCCCCUGGAAUGUGCUAUAUAUAUCAACCACAUUCCGUACCAAACAGAGAGAUCAAUAAACCUUCGAGCCAGUCAACCCUUGUUAUGUUUCUUAGUUAAAACCCUGAACCCGUUCAUCUAAGCAAAACUUAUUACAUGGUGUCAGAAGUGGCCAAUCAUGGAACACAUGAAGCCCAUCGGACCUCUACGAAUGGACGGCAACGUCGCAGAAAACUGGCGAAAAUGGAAACAGAGGUGGGUCCUCUACGCGAAAGCGAGUGGAGUAGACUCAAAAGACGAAGAAACACAGUGUGCAGUCUUCCUACACACCAUAGGAGAAGAGGCACUCGAAGUAUACGACACUUUUACAUUUACAGAAGCCGAGGAGAAUAAGAUAGAACCUCUCGUGGCAAAGCUAGAGGCGUACUGUGCCCCAAAGAAGAACGUCACGCAUUUAACGCUAUCUUUUCUUCUGGGCACGCAAAACGGACGGCCUAUCGACGCCUUCCGUUACCGAUCUCCGCACAAAAGCCAAAACCUGCGUAGUUUGGAACACUCAACGAUAGUCUAAUAAAGGACAGAAUCGUGUGUGGAAUCGACAGCCAGAGUGUAAGGGAGCGACUCUUACGCAACAACGAGCUCACUCUAGAAGUAGCCAUAAAUACCGUGACGAGCCGCAGAGACGAGUAAAACUGAAAUGGAGUCCCUUAACAGCUUGGAAGCAGCAGCCGAAACUUCGGUCACAAAGAACCAAAAACAGCCACCAAGAUAUCAGCCUAUGAAGAAAAGGCAGCAGAAACAACAGCACCAGCAAAUAAAACCGCGGUGGUCGUUGUGGUUACAUCCACAAGCCAAAACAAUGCAGGGCGUUUGGACAAACAUGUCACAAAUGUCAAGGGAGAGAUCACUUCGCCCAUAUGUGCCGCACAAAAAGGCGCAAAUACUGGCCACAAAACACUCAAUGAAGUCGACCAGCAGUCAGACACUGACUCAGAUGAGGAUCUAUUCCUUGAGAAUUAGAUUCGUCACAAAAUGACAAAACGAACUGUUCACUUAAAUUAACCGUGAAUGAGGAAGAGAUCAGCUUCAAAAUUGAUACAGGCGCACAGUGCAAUGUCAUUCCCGAACACGCCUAUGAAAAACUGCGCAAGAAGCCAAGCCUACAGCCUACUAAAGUUAAGAUAACUGCAUAUGGUGGGGUACGUGUGCCGAUCAAAGGAACAUGCACAAUGACAAUCAAGAAAAACAGCAAAAACCUUGAUGCCAAAUUCUUUAUUGUCGCCGUUGAAAAGGCUCAACCCUUAAUUGGCCUUCAAACUUGCCGAGAUCUGAACUGAUAAACAUUAACAACGAUGUUAAUGAAGUCAAAGCAAGUGGAACAGAAAUUCUCGAUUUAAUUUAAAGAUGUCUUCACCGGACUUGGUUUAGUCAACGGAGAAUUUCACAUCGAGCUUCGAGAAGACGCAAGGCCUACAAUACAACCGCCACGGAAAAUUCCUCUGAGCCUGAUGCCGAAACUACAGAAAACACUAGAGAAGCUGACAGAAAUGGAAGUAAUCAGCAAAGUUGAAAAAGCAACUGACUGGGUCAACAGCCUAGUCAAAAAAAAAAAAAAAAGACGGCUCAUUGAGACUUUGUUUAGAUCGAAAAGAUUUGAACAGAGCAAUCAAGCGUGAACAUUAUAAGCCGCCCGACAGCCGAAACCAUUUCUAGUAAGCUCAAUGGGAAGCGUGUUUUUACGGUAAUUGACAUGAGUAACUGCUACUGGCACAAAAAGUUGGAUGAAGAAUCAUCCUAUUUGUGCACAUUCAACACGCCUUUUCGGCAGAUACAAGUUUAACAGAAUGCCGUUUGGUAUCUGUGUAGCAGUGACGUCGCUCAGAGAAUGGUGGAUGAAAACUUCAGCGACAUUCCAGGAGUUCUCGCAGUGCACGAUGACAUUAUCAUCGCCGGAAAGGACACUGCGGAACACGACCUAGCUCUCAAACAAGCGCUGGAACGCGCAAGAUCACGCAACAUAAAGUUUAACCGCAGCAAAGUACAGCUACUGGCACAACCAAGUGAAGUAUCUUGGUGAUAUCGUGACCGCCGAUGGAUUCAAGCCAGAUCCCGAGAAGAUAAAAGCAAUUGUGGAAAUGCCAGAACCACAAUGUAAGCAAGAUUUGCAACGCCUACUUGGCAUGGUCAACUAUCUGUCGCAGUACAUACCAAACAUGUCAGAAAUCACAGCCCCCCACGCAACUUGUUGAAAAAGAACAUGCAAUGGGUGUGGUAUGACUAACAUCGAUCCGCGAUAGAUAAGCUAAAACAUGCACUCACGAACACUCCCGUUCUGCAGUAUUUCAACCAAGACAAGCCAACUACAAUCCAAACCGACGCCGCAAAGUGGAAUCGAAGUUGCCUCCUGCAAGAAGGACACCCCGUGAUUUACGCGUCAAGAUCGCUGACGAAUGCCGAACAGAACUAUGCUCAAAUCGAGAAAGAACUAUUGGCUAUUGUAUUUUGCGCAUGAGCGAUUUCACCAAUUUGUCUCACGGCAAUGACAUAAUUGUGCAAAGUGACCACAAACCACUUGAGGCGAUAAUGAGAAAGCCAUUAUCUCAGACACCCCGAGAAUUCAACGAUUGCUAAUCAGGCUUCAAAAGUACAAUUUGACAGUUCAUUUUGUACCCGGAAAACUGAUGUUCAUUGCAGACACUCUAUCAAGAGCGUACCUAAAUGAGACUGUUGAGGGUCCCCAAGACCUCAAUGAUGACAUCGAAGUGAUGAUCCACAGUUUCAUCACCGAAAUCCCAGCGAGUCCAGAAAAGUUGACACAGCUGAAAAAUGAAACCGCCAAAGAUGCAACACUUCAGGCGCUGAAAGCUCAAAUACAAAAAGGUUUCCCACCCCAUAGAAAAGCCUUGAGACCAAUUCUCUCGCCAUACUGGAUUGUCAGAGAUGAGCUAAGUGAAGCCGACGGUCUUCUAUUCAAAGGAAGACAGCUUCUCAUUCCAAAAGCCAUGCAGAACAGCGUCCUGGAAAUGAUACAUGAAAGCCAUCUUGGAAUUGAAAAGUGUAAAGCACGAGCAAGAGCCAUUGUUUAUUGGCCUGGAAUGUCACGCGACAUCCAUGAUACUGUUGUCAAGUGCCCGACAUGCUUGACACACAGACACAAGAACCAGAAGGAACCGAUGAUUCCCCAUGCCAUACCAGAUCGUCCAUGGCAAAAGCUCGGAUCCGAUGUGUUUGAACACAAAGGAAAACCGUACCUAGUAGUGGUGGACUACUACUCCAAGUACAUCGAAACUAGCCUAAUGCGUGACAAAACCGCGGGAACCAUUGUCACGCACAUAAAGUCAAUCUUCGCUAGACACGGCAUCCCCAAGAGCUCAGAUCAGACAACAUGCCUUACAACAGUAAAGAGUUCAAACGAUUCAAGAGACGACUGGGGAUUUGAACUGAUCACCUCAAGCCCCACAUAUCCGCAGUCUAAUGGCCUCAGUGAGAAAGCAGUACAAACCGUUAGUUUAAUACUAAAGAAAGCAAGCGACCCAUACAUCGGCCUGAUGGAGUACAGAAAUACUCCAGUGACAGGAAUGACAUAUUCGCCAUCCCAGCUUCUCAUGAGUCGCACCACCAGAACCAAGAUCCCCGUAACACAAGAACUCCUGAAACCAAAGAUUGCUACUGAGGUCAAACAACAACUGUUAGCCUGUCAACAUCAGCAAGUGCACUAUUACAAUCAAGGAGCAAAGCCCUUGACAGAUCUCAAACCACAGGAAGCUGUCCGUCUACGCCAAGGAAAGACCUGGGUACCCGCCGCAGUAAACGAGAAAGCAGAAACCCCGAGAUCCUAUUUAGUCACAACUACGACCGGACAACAAUAUCGCCGGAAUCGCAAGGAUCUGCUACAAACUGGAGAAAACCCUCCUGUAAUAUCAGUCCCGCAAGACAACGACUUUAAUUACACUACAGAAACUCAGAAAACCUCAGCAACCCCUAACAAAGAACAAGACCCUGUACAACCUCCUGAACAACAGCAACCCAACAACCCAGAAUCGACGACACCACCUAGACGCUCCUCGCGAAUCACUACUCUUCCCUUUAAAUUCAAGGACUAUGUCAUGAAUUUCUAAGAACUGAACACUGAAAAUUAGAACAUUGAACUUUUGUCAUACCGGAAGUGUCAUUGCUAUUAUUCGAUUAUUUUUUUUUAAUGAUAGUGUUUGAUUUCAUUCUCAAAAAGGGAGAUGUAAUAAUAAUACUGAUUGAUGCUACAGUUGACUGACAUGUAAUCCUACCCCCUGGAAUGUGCUAUAUAUAUCAACCACAUUCCGUACCAAAAAGAGAGAUCAAUAAACCUUCGAGCCAGUCAACCCUUGUUAUGUUUCUUAGUUAAAACCCUGAACCCGUUCAUCUAAGCAAAGCUUAUUACACUCUCCUCCCUUCUUUUUUCGCUUUUCUUGCCUCAUUUUUUUUUCUCUUGCUGGGCAUUUAGAAGGCUUGAUUUUGGUGGGAAGAGUUUUUAGGAAAGCUUUUAGGAUCUUAGGAUUAGGUGAAAGGAAAGGUAGGUGGGUAAUGGAACAAGAUUUUCAUGGAGAUUUUCAGGUCAAUGUCACGUGGUUUUUUGCUUGUUUCUCCGGUGUCCUUGACUGAAUUGUGCUCAUUCUGGUAUGGUUUGAAAGAUCUCUUCAUUCUGCACAAGUUAGUGAAGAAAGUUGUCCUUGAUCGUUAAAACUGAUGACGUCACAAUGGGUAGAAAGGACCUGGAUCCGCACAGGCGGUUACGGGCGGUUCAGGGGCGAAUGGGUUAAUUUCUGCAGCAGUUGAUUUGCAUAUGUGACAACUUUCCUGGUUUUCCCAAGUAAAAGUGUGACUCGUUCAAACCUGAUGAGAAUGAAAAGAACUAUUUUGAUGGUGUAUUUCAUUUUCCCUCCAAAGAAUUUUGGAAAUUCUCUCCAGGGGAGUAACCCCUAACAAAAUUAAUGCACUUGUAGAUGCAUAUGGUUUACAAAUUUCAUUGAAUAUCUAAUACUUCAACAAUAAUUUACGAUAUUUGUUUGCUUUAAAUUCAAUUUGUAGAUAACUCCACCAGCUCGGAGAAGGCCAGCCAAUGUGUGGAAUUUCCCUAGAGGGAGAGAAAAGUUGAAACAUCUCGCGGAACAGCCCCCUUGUAUGUGUGGAGCAGGAAGGUAAAGGUUUCCUCUUUUCCUUUCCUAACCUGAACUUGGAAGUAUUCUUGUGGCAACACUGUAAUUUGCUGAAGACACAAGUGUCUCCUAGUUAGGUCACUAAGAAAUGAAAUUAUACUGAGAAAAUUUGGUCUAAUCAAGUCAGAAACAUACACUGUAUUUGCAUCCUGACACAAUUUUUGCUUCAGUGAAAAUAGAAGAGAUAGGGAAAAAAAAAUUCACAAUCAUGUAAUGAGUAGCAAUUUUUUACUCCUGAAAAUAUCCUUCUCUCCAGAGGGUUCACAGAGGGUCUUUUUUUGUUUGUAUGACCCCCUUCUCCCUGUCCUCCUAGAAUGUGUAGUUCCAGAAAAUAUCCAGACUCCCUCCACAGAAGGGAUUGGAAAUUCCUGGGGGGUGGGGUGUUCUCAGAGUCCCAAGAAUUUAAGUAAAUGUAUGAAGCUUGACUGGAAUUUACAGAGAGGUGGGAGGGGGGGCUGUCCUAAGAAAAAAUCUCUUCCAUAGGGGAGGUAUGGA